GGUCACAGAGUUAAGAAAUUUGUCUAUUCUGGUAUCUUAGAGCAUUUAGAAAGAGAGAAAAUAAGAAUAUGCUCCCUUAUGUAUGCCCCCUCAGUUUCCUGGAAUAGAAAAGCUGUUCUCUUCCAAGUUUUGGAAAAGAUCCAGGGGUACAGCUGUGGCAGCUGUCAGGGCGUGGAGGGACCAAGAAUCUGCUGGGACAGCAUGUAAAGAUCAAUGCUAUGCCUGUCUGGGACACUGAGUAGGAAAGGUAGCAGCUUCCUCUUAAUAUGUCCCUGCUAUAGGACUGUGCAAUGCUCAGAGCUAGCUAGCAUCAGUGGCUCGGUAACAAAGGGUUAACUAGUCCUCCCCCCCCCCCCAAAAAAAAGGGAAAAAAACCACUCCUGAAGUUUGACAUUCCCCAGCAAGGAGGAAUUUUCCAGGCCUAAAUUCAUCUCCUACCAGCAACAGUCCUUUUUCCAAGUUUGGAAAACACUGGAAGACUGGAAAUCGCAACAGCAUGAAAGAGAAAGCAGAACCUAACAAGGAAGACGGGAAAGGUGACACUAUGUCUGUGAUAUACAGCGAGGUGGCUGCCGAUGAGCCAACUACCAACAGCUUCUGGAUGCCUAACCAUUAUCAGAGUACUGUCAAACGUCUGGAUGAUGGUUACCGAGUUUGUGACCAAAUUAUAGCUUGUUUCCAGGAACGGGCAAAGAUUGAACGUAGCUAUGCUUUGAUGAUGGAUGAAUGGACUCGCAAAUGGCAGCCCCUUGUUGAUGCAAGUCCAGUAUAUGGUUCCCUACUUCGGGCUUGGCAAGCUUUCCUGGGGGCUUCUGAGCGGUUAAGCCGACUACACAUGGAGAUGCAAAGGGCUUUGGUCUCUGAGGAUACUGGACGUAUCCGAUCCUGGCAGCAUGACACAUACCACCGCAAGCUCUUUGGUGGCUUCAAGGAGACUUGUGAGCUAGAAAAUGGUUUCCAGCGAGCUCAGAAACCCUGGACUAAGAAGCUCAAGAAGGUGGAGAAGGCAAAAACCCUCUAUCAUAAGGCCUGUCGCAAAGAGCACAUCGCCACACUGCGGGAGUCAGGUGUUCAAGCAGCAUUGGGGGCUGAAGUAUCUCCAGAUCGGCAACGUACUUUGCGGGAAGAAAGCCAGCGCUGUAGCCAAGAAACCAUCAAGAUCCGUGAACGUUAUGAGAAGGCCCUACAGGAUCUCGACCGUAGCAGCCCUCGCUACAUAGAAGAAAUGGAGUCUGUGUUUGAGCAGGGGCAGGCUCUGGAACAAAGACGGAUUGUCUUCCUCAAAAGUGCCUUCUUUGCCCUACAUCGGCGUCUAAACAUCACUGCAGAACCCAGUGUCCAAGCUGUUUAUAGUGACUUGCAUCAGGCCAUUGAGGACAUAAAUGACCAAGAGGAUCUUAAGUGGUGGCAUAACCGAAAUGGCCCAGGAAUGCCCAUGAACUGGCCAAAAUUUGAGGAUUGGAGUCCUGAUCAUGAUCAGCCACAAAUGAAGAUCCAGAAAACUAAAGAACCAGAGAAUGUGACAGCCUGCAGCAUCUCCCCCUCCCAGAGCUGCCCCAAGCCAGCACCUGCACCAAUAGCAGGACAGCGGGUUCGUGCUGUGUACGAUUAUAUUGGCCAGGAAGCAGAUGAGCUGAGUUUCAAGGCAGGAGAAAUUCUCAUCAAAGUGGAAGAGGAAGACGAGCAAGGCUGGUGCAAAGGAAUAACUGACAGUGGACAUGUGGGUCUCUACCCUGCCAAUUACGUGGAAUCCAUACAGGAUUAGAUAGAAUGGGCAAAAUCAGUGUUGGGGGGGGACUUACCUAAUCAAUAAAAUUACAUCUAUAUACAGGGUGGGAUUGAAAAUUUUCAGCUACCGGUUCCCUGUCCGGUUGCUCAGUGGGGCCAUGGGUGUGUGGCCUACUUGGCCUCUUGCACCAUGGCAGUGGGGGCAUUUUCGCCUUCCCCAGGCUCUGGAGGCUUUCUCCAGAGGGAGGGCAGAAAUGGCCUUCCCAGGUACCGGAGGCCCUCUGGAGUCCAGAAAUGGGCCCAUUUUCAGUCUUCUGGUACUUCUGGCAGGCUCAUUUUUUGCCCUCCCCAGGCUCCAGAGACUUUCCUCGAGCCACCAGAAGAGCAAAAGUGGCCUCCCCUGGGCUCCAGAGGCCCUCCAGAAGCCAGAAAUAGGCCUGUUUCUGGACUUCCAGUAGGCCCGUUUUUUGCCCUCCCAGAGCCUCCGUGCAUGCCCUGCACUUACCUAGCAUCUAAAAUGGGCCACGUGGAGACUCCUGGGAGGGGGUGGUUGGGAUCAGCCAGUCCUUGGAACAACCGGUUUGGCGAACCAGAUUAAAAUAACAUCCAGUUCGCCCAAACUGGCUGACUCCCACCCCUGUCUAUAUAUAGUUUGUAUUUCUGAGAGCACAUUUUCCAAGACAGAAAGAUGCAAAAUUCAGUUCCUUCAAAGGUCCAGUUGCAUUUUGAUAGUCAUGAAAGUUCUUAGCUUAUGCAGGUGCAAAGUUCACCUUGAAAACUGUGGGAAAUGCUAGUGAAAUCUCAGAAGCUGCAAUGGGUUGGUGGGUGGGUUCACAUGAAAACUCACAUGGGUGGUUCUGGCUUCUGCAUUCAGCGUAGCUUUUUGUCCCUUCCUUUAGUUGUAGAAUAAAUGAAUUGCAAAGCAAGCCCUCUGAAGCUCCAUUUACAUAUUGUAUUCACAGAAAGCAAGCCUUUUGUCCUUUUGAGGGUGGCACAAAUUGGUAAAAUAGACUCAAAUAAUAAGAUUCAGAAACAAAGCUAUGUAAAAGUAUAGUCACCAAAUUUCUCUACAUAGCAUUGUAAGUAAAUACAAACACAUACUCACAUCUACUGGACACAUACAUCCGGUCUGAUUUACAACUCUGUAUGCCGGCAGAUUUUUAUGUGCUUACGUAGUUAUUCAUCCUUUCUUCUUGUUUCUCUGACAAACAAACAAAUCAAGAUGCCUUAAAGCUCUUCUUUAUUUGCCACAGAGCACCCUGCCCUGAAGGGCUGGUCAAACUUCACAAGAAGCACAACAAGAAAGAUGUCUCACAAUCCCACAAAUUUAGUCAUAUCUUAAUCCAAAGAUCUGCAACAUGUGAGAUGAAUAUACAUUUGCAAAUGGCCCUCACAUGGCAGGUUAGUGAAGCAUGGGAAGUUUGUAGGACCCAACCACACCGUUCUUUCAACACAUCCUUGGAUCACUGAUAUUUGGGGAAGAAAAACAAUUCAGAAACAAUUGCACUCCAUCUAUAGAAGUACAGUCCAUCCAUCAAAGUGUGAAAACAAGGCUGAGAAAUAAGAUGAAUUUGUGAACAUCUGUGGGUUGUUUUGUAAAAUUGAUACUUUAGUAGAUGUGGAUUUUGGAAAAUAAACAAAUAAGCAUGAUG